CGUAGCGCUCCAGCGCGCAUUCGUUUUCCAAGUUUCCCGUGAAUGUGUCUGCUAUCGGUUUGCUCCCACCUGUCUGUCCUCUCUGCUUCUGCUCAAUAAAACUUUUGCGAAAGACGAGUCUGUAUUCAGAGCCGGACGGCGGACGGUAGCUAGCAAGCGCAAGCACUCAAGCAGUCGAAUUGAAACAGCAGAACGUAUUCUGCAAUCGAACGGUCCGGGCGUGUGUGUUGAUUUAUGUGAGUGCCUCAGCAUCGUCGGUUUGUUUUUUAGUUGCAAGCUGGUUAUGGCAGAUCGCUAAAUAGGAAGAAAAUGUAUACAGUUAAUCUUUGGUCCAGCAAUCGUAUAUUAUAACUUUCAUACCUGCUAGUUCUAUGUUUUGUUCAAUAACUGUCUCGAUUAAGACACUGCUUUGCAGCAAUUGUGACUCUGUGCUGUACAAUAGUGAUUGUGAUUCCAGUUCAUCAACUGUGCGUGAAAAUGAUAAAACUGUAAAUCAGUAUCAACUAAAUCACAAAGAGCGAACGUGUGAAUAAAAGUGUUUCUAUUCGCAAUUGCUGCGCUAUACUGCAAAUCAUAUCUGUUUAAAGCUUAAUGCGUCGCCCGGUGGAAGUGACGCACUGUACUAAGCUGGAAACGGUUUCGACGGCGGCGGAAAUAUGGUUGACAAGCCAAAAGCGAACCACGCUGGCGAAGAGAUAGUCAAUCCAUCCCCAGCUAACAGCAAGGGAACCGAAUGUGGGAGUCCACCGAACGUGGUCUACUUAACGGAAACAUUCUACAUUAGCUCCAAAAAGAAUACUGUUUUCGAAGUUCGAUUAACCGACAGAGGACUUAGCUUGAAGAAACAAACCAAUGGAUCGACGAAAGAACAGACGAUCCUUCUGAAGGAUAUCAUUGGUUGUCGCUGUUUACGUAGCAAGCGGAAAACCAAAGGGGGGUCUGCUUGUGCUUGUACUUCCAUAUCCGGAACCGCUCAACUGAAGGUGGUCGAGGAUAAUUCUGGAGAACAGGAUGAGUCGGAUGUCAGCGCCUAUCUGUACAUCUAUGCUUACAUCCUCAAACGAAAUCGUCGCGGAGGAUUCCGAGAACGCACAACCAUAACACUUCGGUUCCGAUCGUUCGACAAGUACGAGGACAAUAAUAAGGAAGCUCAAAAAUGGCGUGCCGCGAUCAAGUACCUAAUCAGUGGCGAAACAUCUCUCAAGAGUAUGUACCAGCCAAAAGAUACACGCAAAACGCUGGUUAUCCUCAAUCCAAAGUCUGGUUCUGGAAAGGCGAGAGAAAUGUUUCAGCAACGAGUGGCACCGGUUUUCGCGGAAGCGGAAAUUUCCUACGAUCUGCACAUUACGAAGAAAUCCGACUGGGCGAGGGAGUUUGUCCGCAGUCGAGACAUUUACCUGUGGCGCGGCAUCGUGGUUGUCGGUGGCGAUGGCAUAUUCUAUGAAGCAUUGAACGGAUUGUUCGAACGGGAAGACUGGCAGACGGCGAUCGACGAAACUCCGAUCGGGAUUAUUCCAUGUGGUUCCGGAAACGGGCUGGCCAAAACUAUCGCACACUUAUAUGAUGAACCCUUUGAGACGAAACCGAUCCUAGCAUCAGCUUUAAUGGUAGUUAAAGGAAAACAUUCCAUGUUAGAUAUAGUAAGAGUGGAGACACGUUCCCAAAUAAUGUUCUCAUUCCUGUCGGUUGGCUGGGGACUUAUAUCGGAUAUUGAUAUCGAGAGCGAACGACUGCGGGCCAUCGGAGGUCAACGGUUCACCAUAUGGUCCGUCCAUCGGCUAAUCAGCCUACGUACCUAUCAGGGCAAGGUAUCCUACAUUCCGGCACUAGUUAGUCUUAAUCGGUCCAACUCACUGCCUCAUGACGGCACUACAGGCGGCACCGGACUCGGCGGAGUUGGCCUCCUGAAACAUAGUAUUAGUUACAACACCACGCUGGAUUGCAAUGACUGCCAGGAGGGGAGAAACGAUGAUAGCCAUAAUAACUGUGAUGCUUGCGAUACGAACUUUAGCGAUGUUCUCUCGUUGGAAACUAGUAGUAACUUGGACAUGUUCCGGCCCCGUAUCGACAGCUGGUAUUCAGCCAAUUCACGUAAAAGUACCUAUUUCUCCACGGUGGACAGUGUUUAUGAAAGCGACCGUGCUUCCAAUGAUGGCGCACAAGCCGGUGCUAAUGUGGUUAGAAUGUUUGGACCGCCUUCUCGCAUUCCUGCUCUGACAGCACCUGUGCCGGACACUUGGAAGACUGUUUCCGGUGAGUUUGUAAUGGCUCAUGCCGCUUAUCAGAGUCAUUUAAGUACGGAAUGCUUUUUCGCACCACGGUCAAAACUCAACGAUGGAGUCAUUUGGUUGUUGAUAAUUAGGGCAGGAGUAAGUCGAUCCCAGUUACUCUCAUUCAUGCUAGGACUAGGAAGUGGGACCCACAUUCCAGCUCAAGAAAAUGAGUAUAUUAAAAUGAUACCAGUGACAGCAUUUCGAAUUGAGCCAAGCAGUGGUAGCACUGGCCAUAUGACUGUUGACGGUGAACGGGUAGAGUAUGGUCCAAUUCAGGCGGAAAUUUUUCCUAGCUUAGCCAAAGUUAUGGUACCCAAAUGAUGCGGAGGGUUUAUAGUGCUACAGAAACAGAGCGCACAUUUUGUUGUUAUUAGUUUGAGAGUUGUAAUGUCCUUAAUAUAAAUGUCAAAACAAAGUUACGUAGUCUUGCUGCACAAUUGACAGCAGAUUUCAUUAAAAGUUCAGUUGAGUUUAAGUGUAUUUUCAAAAAAUACCACUAAAUAAACGAUUCUGAUUGUUUUUGUUUUUCAAUUUGUUCUUAUUUGACUGCUCGUAACUUAAAAAAUAUGAAAAUAAUUUAUGAAAUCCACGUGUCAACUAAAAACCUACCUAUACGGUAACUAUAAAAGCAAUUAUGUAAUAAAUAAUACUGUAAUUAAAUCCAUAACCAGUCCAGAAUUGUUAUCAUCAACCUUUUAUAAUAUUCAUCUAACCAACGGCAAGUAAAUUCUAGUGUUGGUAAUAACUACCGCCACAUAACUUCCCUCAAAAUUAAACGAAUAACUUUUGUAGAAAAAUCGUAGUUUUCAUUUUGCCAAAUAAAUAACUAGGAUAGUGAAUAAGUAGUGAAAAUUUGGCAUUUUACCGAGAUGUAACUGUCGUGAAAGGACUACUGGCCGCGCAUCUAGUUUGUGUGUAAUACGCAUCCUGAAGCAUACAAGAAAGACUACAAAACAUUAUUAAUACCGGUAUUACCUGUUUAAUCCGUAAUUAUCCUGUCUAUAUGUCAAUUCAGGCUAUUAUGAAGCUCGAACACUAUUUUUGUCCAGCAUUUUAAACCCUGUAAAAUGCAUUUUUAUUCGAAAUGCUAGAAUUAAACGCUUUAUAAUGCAAAUCAGUGUUAAAGCAGGCUAUAAAACUUUUUGUUUGUUAUUCAUUGUCUCUUUAUUUGUUUUAUCCACCAGUCUAACCAGCCAAGCCUAGCUAAGCCACCAUGAAUUUAUUCGCAUGCUAAAAAUCCCCUCAUCAUUAUUACUGUCCAUUGCCGAAUGAAAACAACACGCAUUGCACUUGUCAAUUUGCUUUAGCCAUAUUCAAUGCGCUGCUACGGCUGCUACUGCAAUUAUAAAAAGUCCCAUCUUCUAGGAAAAUGUUAAUAUCAAUUUAAUAGCAGUUUUAAAGAAACAUCAUCUCUGAAUGAUGGUAACACGUAGUGGGCAACCACUAAGAACUGUGCGGUUAUUGGUUCUUUCGCGGUACAUAAAACAAAUUCAAAAAGGUUGUAGAUUUUAGCUCAUAUUUUGGGUUUCUUUUUAGACUUAAUUAAAAAUAUCCAAAUGUUGUAAAGUAUUUCAUUAGUAGGUAUACCUAAUAAAAUAUUUUCGAUCUUGUUUUCAUAUUCUCGACGGAUCUUUUUUCAACCCACUUAUUAUUAUCUAGUCUAUAAUUUAGCACUCAAUUUCACACACAAUACGAAUCACUACAGAUUGUUCAAACUUCUACAAAAUUGAGGAGUUCCAUAAAACAUUAUUCGUUAGAUACUAAUACAAUAGUUUAACCGUUGUUUGUACAGUUGAGUUAGAAAAUUUAGCGAAAGUUAUAAAUUUUUCUGUUUAUUGAACGUUUUGUCUGUGUAAUGACGCAGAAAACGGCAGCUGGAAUUGGAAAUAAAUGGCAAAAGAUAAAUACAAUAUGUUAUCAUCAGAUUUCUAAUGAAAAC